GCCAGAGAGCCCAGGCUGCAGAGUGUGGAGGAAGGAUGUGUCAGGGAGGAACAGCAUGUCUGGGAGUCGGGCAUGGCAGGCACAGCAAGGGCAGCACCCCAGGAGGGUUGCCAGGGUGGACAUGAACUCCAUAAUGGGGCUGAAGGCCUUCUAUAGGACCACCCUGAGCUCAGCGGGGGCUUGAAGGGUUUUAGGUCAGAGGUGGCCUUUAGAAAUGCUGCCAGGCGCUAGGUUAAGUUCCCAGCACCAUCACCACCACCCCUGAAAAAAAAAAAAAUGAAAAGACAAGACAAAGAAGUACACAUGGGAAAUAUUUGCAAGAAUUGGUAGGAACCAGGGUUGGGCAUCAGCUUUGGGGCAUUUAUUCCCCAACUUUUGCCUGUGGUGCACACACCUCUGAGGAAGGCAGGCUGGGGCUUGGCUCCCCUCCACCGCACUGAGGGAAACAUUGCCGAUCGCAGUGCAUGGGGAGUUCCAGAAGGUGGAAUCUGCACCAUCUGGCUCUCUGAGUCUCCAGUGAGGAAGAGGCAGCGGAAGUUAGGAGAGGAGGUCAUGCAGCAGAAGCUGACAGGAUUCCAGAGCAAGCUAGCACCUGGGGGCCCUGGCAGAGCGGAUACAUAGAAGGCUCAUAGCACCCGUGUGCUCAUGAAAUUAGGAAGGGAUAUUUUUAUUUGGUUUUUGUCUGAGCCAAAGGCUCCUGUAUUCCAGCAAUUUUUUCUUUUUUCUUUGUGGUACUGGAGAUUGCACCCAGGGGUGUCUACCAGUGAGAUACACCUCCAACCCUUUUUAAAAUAUUUUGAGACAGACUCUAACCUGGAAUUCGGGAUCCUCCUGCCUCAGCCUCCUGGGUAGCUGGGAUCACAGGCGAGCACCAGCAUACUCUAAGGUCCUGCUGUUUUCUUGCUUUUAGAACCUUUCUUUAGGAACAGGCAAUGGGCAGAUGGGUUCAGAUUCACUGCUGGUAAAUUUAGAAAGUGAAUGUGCUAAAGGUAAAGAUAGGAAAACUGGUAGCCUACAAGCUGUUCCUUCAGCAGGUCAAGUGCCUGCUGUAUGCUGUUACCCUUUAUGUCUGCCCUCCUAGUCUUCCCAGCAGACAUUCAAAAAAAUCUGUAGGCAGAGACAGCUCAGAGCUCAAGGAGAGUCAGGGAGUCAAUGUGGGAAUCCCGACAGAUUUCCUGAAGGAAGUGUGAGAGUGGUCCAGGGCCCGUGGCAGCCCCAACCUCUCACCUGUGGCUGUAAAACCAUCCCUGGUAGUCAGGACCCCAGUGACCAUUGUUGGCCCAGGGACUCCCAGGUGACUUUUUCCAGCCUGCCCCCUCCCUCUUCAUUUCCUGUCACAGUCCCCUCCCCUCAGGAGCCUAGUGCCUGGACUCCACAACUCUUCCAGGCCACAAAGGAGUGGACUAAGGGAAGAGGGAGGACAGGCAUGGGUCACACCACUGUGGGAGUGAGGAACCCCUGAGGCCAGGUGACUGGGCGGGAGGGGCCAGAACCCACUUUGAAGACUCAGCCUGACCCAGAGCAAGGGCCUGGCAUUAUCAGAUUGGUGUCUUAGAGCUGGCACGGGGCAGAAGUCUUUGUUCAGUGUUUGAUGGUGCCCAUCGUCCCCAAAUCAGACAGCUUUGUCCACACCACAGCUUUCCUUACCUGACAUCUGGGGACGCGACCUGGAUAGGACUCAAGUCCUGGCCUGAGUCCACAUCUGCAGCCUUAGUUUUCUGAUUUGGGCCCUCGAGGGCCUGUGCUGGUGACCUUAUCACCCUCACAGCCAUCCACUUCACUACCAGUAGCAGACAACAUGGAGAGGUCACAUCGCUGCUCCUGAUGACAAGCUGGGAUUUGAAUCCAAGCCAGGUGCCCAGAUCCCCACUGUUCCCUAGUCACCAGGUCCCUUGAUAACUUACACUCUGGCUCCUUUUUUUAAAAAAAAAUAUUUAUUUAUUUUUUUAGUUUUCAGCAGACACAACAUCUUUUCUUUGUUUGUAUGUGGUGCUGAGGAUCUAACCUGAGCUUGCUACCACUUGAGCCACAUCCCCAGCCCCACUCUGGCGCCUUUUAAGCCACAGCUUAAAAGGAUGUCACAGGCAGCUUUGCCUCCAGGGUCCUGUCUGGUUCUGGUUCGAUUUUCCUCUUUCAGGGCCUCUGAAGGGCCAGGCCCAGGCAGACCGAGGGCCUAUUUGGGUCCCAGGGGCCACCCUUGAAGGUGAGUAGUGGAGACAGUUGAGGCCCACGAAGAUCAGGUUGUUACUGAGACCUUCUCUGGGGAUAAGGCAGCCCUCUGGCCGGCUAGACCCCAGGCUACCUGCCUGGAAGCAGGGCUGGAGAUGACCCGUGGUUGCACCCCGUCCCCCAUGCCACCUCUGAGUCACUUGGAGCUGCCCAAAGCUGUCUGGUCGCUUUUAAGAUACAGUCUGAGCCUCAUGCCCCAGCUCCUGAGCCAGUACCUUCCUGCUCCACUUGGCUCCGCCCUGCCUGAUGAACCUGGUGCACGCUGGACUUGGGUGAGAGGCCCGGUGGACCUCGAUUUCUGUGUGCUCCCCUCUGCUCCCAGCUGCAGGAGUCAGGAAAGUGCUUUGGCCCAGUGAGGCAAUCUCGAGAGCCAGCAGUUUCCACAACAGGGCUGUCGGCUGGGCAGAAAUUGUCAUCCUGUAGACGGAGAGACUGCGUGUGGUGCUUACCCAGCAAUCCAGCUGUAAUUAACGCUUCCAACCAUUUACAGCCAAACAUAAAUAAUGAACAUCGGGCUCAUUUGCCAGCCCUGCACAGGCAGCAGGGGAGAUUUCCUGCAAGCCUGUGCCACGGGCUGCCUCGGGGUAUCUCUGAAAGGCCAUGUCCUCUCAGUGGCCAGGGGAGUGUGUCCCUGCUUAGCCAAGGGCACUGGGCACCAUGGAGGCCAGGAAAACCAUGAGGGUGGUGGUUCUUGAUCAUUUCAGGUAGCUCAUCCAGGGAUUGACAGAGUCCUGGGUUCCCCACAGCCAAUUGGGACAACCCACACAAGGAGACUCAGACCAGCGGGGAGCUGGUUCAUUGAGAGCUAGGAAGUGAUGUUGGAGUCAGAAGAGGAGCCCUGGUCCACCACUGGAACGGGCUGCUGGUGAGAUGUAGUCCCCAAGGCCUGUAUAGUGUAACACUGGCCGCAGAGACACUGUCACUGUGACUUAGAGUUUGCCCUUGCAACAAGAAACAGAGGGUAGCACGUUUGGGGACAUUUUGAUAAGAACUGUGCUCGAGGCCCAGAAUGCCCAGGGUGAGGUGGAUGUGGCAGGUGCUACACCUGAGAACUUGUGGACAGUCCUUUGAGCGCCCCAGGAGGGGGCCAUGAGCCUGUCCAGAGCAGCUGUGAAGGCCUGGAGGGCAGGGGACAGGCCACCCCCACAUGCCAGGGCUGGAGAGGGUACGAGACAGGCCCGGGGGAGGCACUAGGAGGAACAGGGCAGCUGGAAGAGAAAGAGGUCUUCGGACAAUACUGGCCCUACGCAGGCUCUCUGGCCCCACUGCCACCGCUGGAGGAGGAGCACUGAGGUCACUUCACAGAUGGGAAGACUGAGGCUCGGGACCCAGCAGUGACCUCUCCGAGGCCAGUUCUAACUUGGCCUCCCAGCCAGCUCGCCAGGGCCUCCCCGCCCAUUUCCCGAGCUCAUCCCUGUCCACCAGGCCAGAGGACUGUGGUUCUCAGUCCACAGAGGGCUGCCAGUUGUGACACAGGUGUCCUGUGAAUUGGUGGGAAUGGGGUCAUGACCAGAGCUGGGCGUCAGUGCCUAUCCGGAGCCUCACUUGGGCCCUUCAGGGGUAAAAGGCCCAAAGAAGGAGAGAGGCAGCAGCAUGGACAGAGGGAAGGGCCAGAGGAGGACGGACUGGUCACUGGAACCCUCAGUGCACCUGUGACAUGGACAUCGCCACCCACCCUCGCCCUGGGCAGAGAGUUGCAGUGGACACAUAACUCAAUCCAUGGCCAAAACAAAUGGGCACAGAUGGCAGCAACGCUAAGGCCCAGGCCUGUGGGCAGGAGGGAGGAGCAGGUGGAAGGGACAGGAGCAAAUGGCUGGACCCAGAUUCUGGGCUGGGGGUGGCCACGGGUGUGGCCCCAGCAGGGUGUGGCCCAGCAGAGGCUGCUCAGGCAGGUAGGGCCAGCCAGGCUGGGAGGAGCCUGGGCGCCGAGAGGCCAGUGAGAGGGACCCAUGCUGUCCCGGCUGCUGUGAGGAGGGUGUCAGACACUGAGGGACACCCCUUCAGCCACCCUCCAGGCCUGGGGGCAUCCCUUGUCUGGAAAACCAAAGCUGCAGACCUGCCCAACGGGCCUGCCCUGCCGGAGGCUAGGAGCCAGGGGAGAUGAGUGGCGCCUCAGGACUGCUGGGAACAGCCGGAGUCCCCCUGGCGUCCCUGACCUGGCCGCUGCCCAGCCCCGAGCUGGCUAUGCCCGUGCUGCCAGCCGGGCCACAGAUGGACCCCGUGGGGAAUGGCUCCCAGGAGGCCCCCCGGCUCUUUCUCACCACCGCGCUGGCCCGAGGCAUCUCCGGCCUCUUCGUGUGGGCUGCCCUGUUCAUCACCUGCCACCAGAUCUACCUGCACCUGCGCUCCUACACGGUGCCCCAGGAGCAGCGCUACAUCAUCCGCCUGCUGCUCAUCGUGCCCAUCUACGCCUUCGACUCCUGGCUCAGCCUGCUCCUCCUGGGAGGCCACGAAUACUAUGUCUACUUCGACUCUGUGCGGGACUGCUACGAAGCCUUUGCUAUUUACAGCUUCCUGAGCCUCUGCUUCCAGUACCUGGGCGGCGAGAGUGCCAUCAUGGCCGAGAUCCGGGGCAAGCCCAUCAAGUCCAGCUGCAUCUACGGCACCUGCUGCCUGAGGGGCAUGGCCUACUCCAUCGGGUUCCUGCGCUUCUGCAAGCAGGCCACGCUGCAGUUCUGCAUGGUGAAGCCCAUCAUGGCCUUGGCCACCAUCAUCCUCCAAGCCUUCGGCAGAUACCGUGAUGGGGACUUCAGUGUCCGUAGCGGCUACCUGUACGUGACCCUGGUCUACAACGCCUCCGUCAGCCUGGCCCUCUACGCCCUGUUCCUCUUCUACUUCGCCACCCGGGAGCUGCUGCGGCCCUUCGAGCCGGUCCUCAAGUUCCUCACCAUCAAGGCUGUCAUCUUCCUGUCCUUCUGGCAGGGGAUGCUGCUGGCCAUCCUAGAGAGGUGUGGGGCUAUCCCUGAGGUCCAGGCCAUCGAUGGCACCAGAGUGGGGGCUGGCACGCUGGCCGCUGGCUACCAGAACUUCCUCAUCUGCAUUGAGAUGCUCUUCGCCUCCCUCGCGCUGCGGUACGCCUUCACCUGCCAGGUGUACUCAGAGAAGAAGGACUCGCCAGCUCCCCCAGCGCCCAUGCAGAGCAUCUCCAGUGGCCUCAAGGAGACCAUCAGCCCUCAGGACAUCGUGCAGGAUGCUAUCCACAACUUCUCCCCUGCCUACCAACAGUACACGCAGCAGGCCACACAGGAGGCCCCGGGGCCUGGCCAAGGUGGACACCCCUCUCCUGGCACCCACCCCUGCUCUGCUAGUGGCUCUGACAGGGGUAGGAAGAGCCGAAACCUGGAGAAGCACAUGCUGAUCCCUUCAGAAGACCUGUAGAGGCACUCGGGGUCUCCAGGGCCUGACUAGGGACCCAGGCUGCUCAGGCCUCAGGGAAAGGACAGACCCCCCCCCCACCGACCUUCUUGCCAAAGGUGCAGCCUCCACACUCAGCCCAAGGAUCAGUGUGAGGGGUGGGCUCUCUUCCCUGGGAGAAGACACCUGGACAAAUUGGACAAGCCUGAGGACCUACUGGGAUGACCUGGACAUCACCUGCAGGGUGGCCAAUGUGGGGCAGGAUACUAAUGUGACCACUGAGGCUUUGGCUACAGAGGUCCCAGGGGAGCUGCAAGUUGGCUGCUCCUUCCACGUGACAGGCAGAUAGAUGGACGGUCAGAUGCCCCCAGGCAGCUGUAGGAAGAGAUGGUCAGGGGACAGCUGGGCAGCCUGGGACAGCAGAGGAGACAGCGCUGAGGGCCUGUGCCUGCUGUGGCCAUCUUGAGCACACGAGGAAGGCUCAUGCUGCCCUCCACACUGCAGCCACGGGGAGCUCCAGCAAGGUCCCCAUACCAGGGCACUCCGGCCAUCGACAGAACCACCAGGACUUGCCAGUGACUCGCCCUUAUUUAUAGAUAAAUGCCGUGGAUUUGUAA